AUGGAGGUGUAUGUCGACGACAUGUUGGUGAAAAGCCGAACGGCAGGGGAGCAUCUGGAAAACCUGGCGCUCAUGUUCGGUAUUCUAAAGGACUACCGAAUGCGGCUGAACCCAGCAAAGUGCGCCUUCGGUGUAUCUUCCGGUAAAUUUCUCGGAUUGAUGAUCAGCCAAAGGGGAAUCGAGGCCAAUCUCGAGAAAAUCAAAGCCAUAAUCGACAUGGAGACGCCGAAGACGCAGAAAGACAUCCAGAGCCUUACUGGACGUGUCGCCGCCCUGACACGCUUCAUCUCCAAGGCUACCGACAAAUGUGUACCGUUCUUCAAAGCUUUGAAAAGGGGCAAACAUCAUAUCUUAUGGACUCCCGAAUGCGACUAG